GUUUCUUCAUUAAUUGCUUUGAAUUCUUGGGUCCUUGAUCUGAUGCUUCUUUUUCUUCUGGGUUGACUCAGUGCAUCACUGCAUUCCACAGUUUUGUGAAGGCAAGAAGAUACAUGGGUGAGACUCUCCGGACUGUUUUCUGUGGAAGCUCCGGUUGUUGGAGUAAAAUUGGAAAGAUAUGCAGUUCUGGGUUCCUAGCCAUCAUCUGUCCAUGUUCAUGUCUCAAUCAUAUUUUGGUCAUUUCUGUUGACAUCAUCCUCUUGUUCUUCUUAUUAUUGAUCCUCAUAUAUAAAACAUCAGCUACGAAGAUCUUAUCCCCUCAACAGUCUCUAACCUUUUCCACAAUGCUAAAUUAUGCGGCCUUUCUUAAUGGUAGUUUGGGGUUGGUUUAUCUGGGUUUGGGGUUCUGGAUUGUGGGAGAGAAGCUGAUUGAAGAGAACACCAUUCUACCUUUGCAUGGUUGGUUAGUGGUUUUAUUACAAGGCUUCACCUGGUUUUUUCUGGGUUUAGCUGUGAGGUUUAAAAGGCAUCAACUUCCACAUAUUGCAGGGCUGAGGCUCUGUUCAGUACUUGCAUUCUUUAUUGCAGGUUUUCACUGCGUUACAUCUUUCUGGGAAGCUAUUGUGGGUGAUGCCGUAUCAUUCAAGAUGAUUUUAGAUGUCAUGUCUUUUCCCGGAGCGAUUCUAUUGAUGUUCAGCACUUUUUCGGGACCAAAAUAUGCAGGAGCUGAUUCAGAAAUUGAUGGUGCUGCCUUCUACGCACCUUUGCCUGGUGAAGGAGGCAGUGGUGGUGAUAAAAUAUAUUCAGAUGCCAGCUUACCUCCUUUCGAGAAGGCGGGGCUUAUUAGUAGACUGUCAUUUUGGUGGUUGAAUUCGUUGAUGAAGAAGGGUAAGGAGAAAACUCUUGAGGACAAAGACAUUCCACAACUAAGAAGGGAAGAUCGAGCGGAAAUGUGUUACUUAAUGUUCAUAGAACAGCAGAACAAGCAGAAAAAGAAGCAGUCACUUGACUCUCCUUCCAUUUUGUCGACUAUAUUGUUGUGGCAGUGGAAACAGAUUUUGAUUUCUGGCUUCUUUGCAUUGAUGAAGGUGCUAACACUUUCUAUUGGGCCUCUGUUUCUUAGAGCCUUCAUCCUGGUUGCUGAAGGCAAAGAAGCUUUUAAGUAUGAAGGUUUCGCACUGACAGGAGGGCUCUUCAUUACUAAAUGCUUAGAAUCGUUAUCAGAGAGGCAAUGGUUCUUUCGAACUAGAUUGAUUGGGCUCCAAGUGAGAUCGUUUCUAUCUGCAGCCAUCUAUCAGAAGCAGCUUAAACUCUCGAACCCUGCAAAGGGGUUGUAUUCCCCUGCUCAGAUCGUGAGCUUUGUUACUAUUGAUGCUUACAAAAUAGGUGAAUACCCGUAUUGGUUUCACCAGAUAUGGUCAACGAGCCUCCAGUUGUGUCUGGCAUUGCUUAUUAUUUAUUAUUCGGUGGGGCUUGCAACUAUAGCAGCUCUGUUUGUAGUAAUAUUGACAGUAGUUGUAAACUCUCCUGUGGGAAGGUUACAACAUAAGUACCAGAAAAUGCUCAUGGGAACACAGGACAAGAGGCUGAAGGCUUUCACAGAGGCACUUACAAACAUGAAAAUUCUGAAGCUGUAUGCUUGGGAGACUCAUUUCAAGAAUGUCAUAGAACGGUUAAGGAAAGAGGAAUUCAAGUGGUUAUUGUCAGUUUUGUCACAGAAAGGGUACAUUGUGAUUCUGUUUUGGUCAUCUCCCAUUGUAGUAUCAGCUGUUACUUAUUGGGCAUGCUACUUUCUUGGAACUACUCUCUCUGCUAGCAAUGUUUUCGCAUUUAUGGCAAGUUUAAGCAUUGCCCAGGAGUCAAUUAGGUUAAUCCCUGAUGUCAUUUCAGCAUUCAUUGAGGCCAAGAUUUCGUUAGAUCGGAUCACAAAGUUUCUUGAUGCACCAGAGCUGCAGAAUAAACAUGUAAGGAAGAUGGGUGAUGGGAAGCAGCUCGAGGAAUCCAUUUUUAUCAAGAGCAACAGAAUUUCAUGGGAGGAUAACUCUGCAAGGGCUACGCUAAGGAACAUAAAUUUGGUGGUUGUUAAGCCUGGGGAAAAGGUAGCUAUUUGUGGAGAGGUUGGCUCAGGUAAAUCAACACUAUUAGCUGCUCUUCUUGGAGAAGUUCCACACGUUGAUGGCAUAGUUCGAGUCUAUGGAAAGAUUGCUUACGUCUCCCAGACAGCAUGGAUUCCAACAGGGACCAUACAAGAAAAUAUUUUGUUUGGGUCUGCUAUGGAUCCUUACAGAUACAGAGAGGCUAUUGAGAAGUGUGCCCUAGUGAAGGACCUUGAGAUGCUUCCAUUCGGUGAUCUCACUGAAAUAGGAGAAAGAGGUGUUAAUCUGAGUGGUGGACAGAAACAGCGGGUUCAACUGGCACGUGCAUUAUAUCAGGAUGCAGAUGUGUAUCUCCUGGAUGAUCCAUUUAGUGCGGUUGAUGCCCAUACUGCAACCAAUCUAUUUAAUGAAUAUGUCAUGGGAGCUCUAUCAAUGAAGACGGUCAUACUUGUGACCCACCAAGUGGACUUCCUCCCUGCAUUCGAUUUGGUUUUGUUAAUGUCCGAAGGGGAGAUCCUGCAAGCUGCUACCUAUGACCAGCUGAUGCACUCUAGUCAAGAGUUCCAGGACCUUGUCAAUGCACACAAUGCCAUGGUUGGUUCUGAGAGGCAACCUGAGCACGAUUCUACCCAGAAAUCUAAAAUUCGGAAGGGAGAGAUACAGAAGAUUUACACUGAAAAACAGUUAAGAGAAACAUCCGGAGAACAGUUAAUUAAGAAAGAAGAAAGAGAAAUGGGAGACACUGGUCUGAAGCCUUACCUACAAUACUUGCAAUACAGCAAGGGAUUCUUGUACUUCUUUUUGUCAACUCUAUCUCAUGUCAUAUUCGUUGUUGGGCAGUUGGUGCAAAACUAUUGGUUGGCUGCAAAUGUCCAGAAUUUUAGUGUUAGCCAAUUGAAACUGAUUGCAGUAUACACAGGGAUCGGAUUAAGUUUGUCAUUCUUUUCGUCGCUCCGGUCUUUUUUCGUUGUUCUUUUAGGCCUUGGGGCAUCGCAGUCUAUUUUUUCUACACUGCUGAGCUCUUUUUUUCGAGCACCAAUGUCCUUUUAUGACUCAACACCUCUGGGAAGGAUACUCAGUCGGGUAUCUUCUGAUUUGAGUGUGGUUGACCUUGAUGUGGCCUUCAAAUUUAGUUUUGCUGUUGGGGCAGCUAUUAAUACUUAUGCCAGUUUUGGAGUGUUGGCUAUUCUUGCCUGGGAACUUGUGUUUGUCAUUUUACCAACAAUUUAUCUUAGUAUACUCAUCCAGAGGUACUACCUUGCUACUGGAAAAGAGUUGAUGCGAAUCAAUGGCACAACUAAGUCUUUCGUUGCAAGCCAUCUUGCUGAGUCCAUUGCUGGUGCUAUGACAAUUAGAGCUUUCGGUGAGGAAGAUAGACACUUUUCAAAGAAUCUGGACUUCAUUGACACAAAUGCAAGUCCAUUCUUCUAUAGUUUCGCAGCAAAUGAGUGGUUGAUCCAACGCCUUGAAAUACUAUGUGCAAUCGUUCUCUCAUCUUCAGCCCUUGCCCUAACUUCUCUUCAUACGAGUGCUUCUAAAUCUGGAUUUAUUGGAAUGGCAUUAUCAUAUGGUCUUUCAAUGAAUGUAUUCCUUGUGUUUUCUGUCCAAAACCAGUGCCAGUUAGCAAAUAUGAUUGUUUCGGUUGAAAGAUUAGAACAGUACACGAAUAUUCCUAGCGAAGCCCCUGAAGUCAUAGAGAGUAAUCGACCACCAGUCAGUUGGCCUGCUAUUGGUGAAGUGGAAAUUUAUGAUUUGAAGGUCAGGUAUCGGCUCAAUGCUCCUCUAGUUCUUCAAGGAAUUACUUGCAAAUUUGGAGGAGGACAGAAAAUUGGGAUCGUUGGCCGGACUGGUAGUGGAAAGACAACUCUUAUCAGUGCUUUGUUUCGCUUGGUAGAGCCUACAGAGGGACAGAUAAUUAUAGAUGGCAUAAAUAUUUCCACAAUUGGGCUUCAUGAUCUAAGAUCACGUCUUGGGAUCAUUCCACAAGAACCAACUCUUUUUAGCGGGUCUAUAAGAUGCAAUCUUGACCCUUUAUCACUGCAUACUGAUGAAGAAAUAUGGGAGGCUCUGGGAAAAUGUCAACUUCGAGGGGCUGUUCAAGAGAAAGAAGAGGGCCUGGACUCUUUAGUUGUACUAGACGGAUCAAAUUGGAGCAUGGGCCAGCGACAAUUAUUCUGUUUGGGACGUGCUCUACUGAAGAGAAGUCGGAUACUAGUGCUUGAUGAAGCCACUGCAUCUAUAGACAAUGCAACAGACUCCAUUCUCCAGAAGACCAUAAGAACAGAAUUUGCAGACUGCACUGUAAUAACAGUAGCCCACAGAAUCCCAACCGUGAUGGACUGCACAAUGGUGCUUGCUAUCAGUGAUGGAAAAUUGGUAGAGUACGAUGAGCCGAUGAAGCUGAUAAAGGAGGAGGGAUCGCUGUUUGGGCAGCUUGUCAAGGAGUACUGGUCUCACUCUUCAAAUGGCAGUAACACCUCGGGAGAUUGGCUCCUUGAGAGAACAGACCUAGUGGGGUUGUUAGCGUAUUUGGUUACUGAGACUCAUGUGUUCACAUCGUCUUCUGCUUUCAUGUUUCAGUCAUCUCCAUUGGAUCCCAUUCUCCCUACUCGUUUUCUGCAAUUUCUCAUGUUCUAUGUCUAUGGUCAAUUCUCUUCAAUUCAGUUCAGUUGUUCUUGGAUUGUUUCUCCUGAUCGUAGCUACAGUUUUGUGAAGGCAAGAAGAUACAACAUGGGUGAGACUCUCUGGACUGUUUUCUGUGGAAGUUCCUGGUGUUGGAGUAAAAUUGGAAAGAUAUGCAGUUCUGGGUUCCUAGCCAUCAUGUGUCCAUGUUCAUGUCUCAACCAUAUUUUGGUCAUUUCUGUUGACAUCAUCCUCUUGCUCUACUUAUUAUUUAUCUUCAUAUAUAAAGCACCAACUAUGAAGAUCUUAUCCCUUCAACAGUCUAGAUGCUUUUCCACAAUGCUAAAUUCUGCUGUCUUUCUUAAUGGAAGUUUAGGGUUGGUUUAUCUGGGUUUGGGGUUCUGGAUUGUAGGAGAGAAGCUGACUAAAGAGAAUACCAUUCUACCACUGCAUGGGUGGCUAGUGGUUUUAUUACAAGGCUUCACCUGGUUUUUUCUGGGUUUAGCUGUGAGGUUUAAAAGGCAUCAACUUCUACAUAAUGCAGGGCUGAGGCUCUGUUCAGUACUUGUAUUCUCUAUUGCAGGUUUUACCUGUGUUACAUCUUUCUGGGAAGCUAUUGUGGGCGAUGCAGUAUCAGUUAAGGUGAUUUUAGAUGUUUUAUCUUUUCCUGGAGCGAUUCUAUUGAUGUUCUGCACUUUCUCCGAACCAAAAUAUGCAGGAACUGAUUCAGGAUUUGAUGGUGCUGCCUUCUAUACACCUUUGCCAGGCGAAGGAGGCAGUGGUGGUGAUAAAAUCAAUACAGAUGCAAGCUUGCCUCCUUUUGAGAAAGCUGGGCUUAUUAGUAGACUGUCAUUUUGGUGGUUGAAUUCGUUGAUGAAGAAAGGUAAGCAGAAAACUCUCGAGGACAAAGACAUUCCACAGCUAAGAAGUGAAGAUCGAGCAGAAAUGUGUUACUUAAUGUUCAUGGAACAGCAGAACAAGCAGAAAAAACAGUCAUCUGACUCCCCUUCCAUUUUGUCGACUAUAUUGUUGUGGCAACGGAAACAGAUUUUGAUUUCUGGCUUCUUUGCAUUGAUGAAGGUGCUAACACUUUCUACUGGCCCUCUGUUUCUUAGAGCCUUCAUCCUGGUUGCUGAAGGCAAAGAAGCUUUUAAGUACGAAGGUUAUGCACUGACAGGAGGGCUCUUUCUUACUAAAUGCUUAGAAUCGUUAUCAGAGAGGCAAUGGUUCUUUCGAACUAGAUUGAUCGGGCUCCAAGUGAGAUCGUUUCUAUCUGCAGCCAUCUAUCAGAAGCAGCUUAAGCUCUCAAAUGCUGCAAAGAGGUCAUAUUCCCCUGGUCAGAUCAUAAACUUUGUUACUAUUGAUGCUUACAACAUAGGUGAAUACCCGUACUGGUUUCACCAGAUCUGGUCAACAAGCCUCCAGUUGUGUCUGGCAUUGAUUAUUAUUUACUAUUCGGUGGGGCUUGCAACUAUAGCAGCUCUGUUUGUAGUAAUAUUGACAGUAGUUGCAAACUCUCCUAUGGGAAGGUUACAACAUAAGUACCAGAAAAUGCUCAUGGGAACACAGGACAAGAGGCUGAAGGCUUUUGCAGAGGCACUUACAAACAUGAAAAGUCUGAAGCUGUAUGCUUGGGAGACUCAUUUCAAGAAUGUCAUAGAACGGUUAAGGAAAGAGGAAUUCAAGUGGUUAGUGUCAGUUCUGUCACAGAAAGGGUAUAAUCUGAUUCUGUUUUGGUCAUCUCCCAUUGUAGUAUCAGCUGUUACUUUCUGGGCAUGCUACUUUCUUGGAACUACUCUCUCUGCUAGCAAUGUUUUCACAUUUAUGGCAAGUUUGUGCAUUGCCCAGGAGCCAAUUAGGUUAAUCCCUGAUGUCAUUUCAGCAUUCAUUGAGGCCAUGGUUUCGUUAGAUCGGAUUGCAAAGUUUCUUGAUGCACCAGAGCUGCAGAACAAACAUGUAAGGAAGAUGUGUGAUGGGAUGGAGCUCGCAGAAUCCGUUUUUAUCAAGAGCAACAGAAUUUCAUGGGAGGAUAACUCUACAAGGGCUACUCUACGAAACAUAAAUUUGGUGGUUAAGCCUGGGGAAAAGGUAGCUAUUUGUGGAGAGGUUGGCUCAGGUAAAUCAACACUAUUAGCUGCUAUUCUUGGAGAAGUUCCACACGUUAAUGGCAUAGUUCGAGUUUAUGGGAAGAUUGCUUACGUCUCUCAGACAGCAUGGAUUCCAACAGGGACAAUACAAGAAAAUAUUCUGUUUGGGUCUGCUAUGGAUCCUUACAGAUAUAGAGAGGCUAUUGAGAAGUGUGCCCUAGUGAAGGACCUUGAGAUGCUUCCAUUCGGUGAUCUCACUGAAAUAGGAGAAAGAGGUGUUAAUCUGAGUGGUGGACAGAAACAGCGGGUUCAACUUGCACGUGCUUUAUAUCGGGAUGCAGAUGUAUAUCUCCUGGAUGAUCCAUUUAGUGCGGUUGAUGCACAUACUGCAACCAAACUAUUUAAUGUAAGUACAGUUCUCCUUCGUCAGAAAUAAUGCUAUGCUUUCAGAGUGAACGCUAAUGCCAGUUGUGGCCAGGAAUAUGUCAUGGGAGCUCUAUCAAUGAAGACAGUCAUACUUGUGACCCACCAAGUGGACUUCCUCCCUGCAUUCGAUUCGGUUUUGUUAAUGUCCGAAGGGGAGAUCCUGCAAGCUGCUACCUUUGACCAGCUGAUGCACUCUAGUCAAGAGUUCCAGGACCUUGUCAAUGCACACAAUGCCACAGUUGGUUCUGAGAGGCAACCUGAGCAUGAUUCUACCCAGAAGUCUAAAAUUCCGAAGGGAGAGAUACAAAAGAUUGACAGCGAAAAACAGUUAAGAGAUUCAUUAGGAGAAAAGUUAAUUAAGAAAGAAGAAAGAGAAACGGGAGACACUGGUCUGAAGCCUUACCUACAAUACUUGAAAUAUAGCAAGGGAUUGUUCUACUUCUUUUUGGCAAAUCUAUCUCAUAUCAUAUUCAUUGUUGCGCAGUUGGUGCAAAACUAUUGGUUGGCUGCAAAUGUCCAGAAUCCUAGUGUUAGCCAAUUGAAACUGAUUGCAGUAUACACAGGGAUUGGAUUAAGCUUAUCAAUAUUUUUGUUGCUUCGAUCAUUUUUUGUUGUUCUUGUAGGCAUUGGGGCAUCGCAAUCUAUUUUUUCUACACUGCUGAGCUCCCUUUUUCGAGCACCAAUGUCCUUUUAUGACUCGACACCUCUGGGAAGGAUACUCAGUCGGGUAUCUUCUGAUUUGAGUGUGGUUGACCUUGAUAUGGCCUUCAAAUUUACUUUUGUUAUUGGGGCAGCUGUGACUACUUAUGCCAGUUUUGGAGUAUUGGCUAUUCUUGCCUGGGAACUUGUGUUUGUCAUUUUACCAACAAUUUAUCUUAGUAUACUCAUCCAGAGGUACUACUUUGCUGCUGGAAAAGAAUUGAUGCGAAUCAAUGGCACGACGAAGUCCUUUGUUGCAAGCCAUCUUGCUGAGUCCAUUGCUGGUGCUAUGACAAUUAGAGCUUUCGGGGAGGAAGAUAGACACUUUUCAAAGAAUUUGGACUUCAUUGACAUAAAUGCAAGUCCAUUCUUCUAUAGUUUCACAGCAAAUGAGUGGUUGAUCCAACGCCUUGAAAUACUAUGUGCAAUUGUUCUCUCAUCUUCAGCCCUUGCCCUAACUUUGCUUCAUUCGAGUUCUUCUAAAUCUGGAUUUAUUGGAAUGGCAUUAUCGUAUGGUCUUUCAGUGAAUGUAUUCUUCGUAUUUUCUGCCCAAAGCCAGUGCCUUUUAGCAAAUAUGAUUGUUUCUGUUGAAAGAUUAGAACAGUACAUGAAUAUUCCUAGCGAAGCCCCUGAAGUCAUAGGGAGUAAUCGACCGCCACCCAGUUGGCCUACUAUUGGUGAAGUGGAAAUUUAUGAUUUGAAGGUCAAGUAUCGGCCCAAUGCUCCUCUAGUUCUUCAAGGAAUCAGUUGCAAAUUUGGAGGAGGACAGAAAAUUGGGAUCGUUGGCCGGACUGGUAGUGGAAAGACAACUCUUAUCAGCGCUUUGUUUCGCUUGGUAGAGCCUACAGAGGGACAGAUAAUUAUAAAUGGCAUAAAUAUUUCUACAAUUGGGCUUCAUGAUCUCAGAUCACGUCUUGGGAUCAUUCCACAAGAACCAACUCUGUUUAGCGGGUCUAUAAGAUACAAUCUUGACCCUUUAUCGCUGUAUACUGAUGAGGAAAUAUGGGAGGUUCUGGGAAAAUGUCAACUUCGAGGGGCUGUUCAAGAGAAAGAAGAGGGCCUGGACUCCUUAGGUAUGAAACAUAAUACACACUGGUACCAUUCUGGAUUCAAAAACUCUUGCUAACAAUCUGUCUGCCCUACAGUUGUACAUGACGGAUCAAAUUGGAGCAUGGGCCAGCGACAAUUAUUCUGUUUGGGACGUGCCCUACUGAAGAGAAGUCGGAUACUAGUGCUUGAUGAAGCCACUGCAUCUAUAGACAAUGCAACAGACUCCAUUCUCCAGAAGACCAUAAGAACAGAAUUUGCAGACUGCACUGUAAUUACAGUAGCCCACAGAAUCCCAACCGUGAUGGACUGCACAAUGGUGCUUGCUAUCAGUGACGGAAAAUUAGUAGAGUAUGAUGUACCGACGAAGCUGAUAAAGAAGGAGGGAUCGCUGUUUGGGCAGCUUGUCAUGGAGUACUGGUCUCGAUCUUCAAAUGGCAGUAACGCCUCAGGAGAUUGGCUCUGAAACUUAACAGGUUUUGAAAGCUAAUGCUUCGCAAGCGGCUCUUUGGUCAGGUUGCUGCAUGAUGAGCUGGAUUGUUAUGGUUUUUUAGGUCCUGUGUUAUGGGAAGUCUCUUGUUUAAAGAGUAGUCAUGGACCAUAGCAUCUAUUGUCCAGUUGUUAUAGAGUAGUCACGGAAGCCCAAACGAUAUUGAGGUUAA